AUUCGCGUAGAGUCGUUCAAAGUCGAUGACUCGACGAAACAAAGAUGAAAUAUUUGACGUUCGUUUAGAGUACGACGUGAUCAUCCACCGCCAUCAUGAGUAAGAUGUAUUCGACGGCGAACCUGUCCGACAAGGAGCUGAAGGAACAGGGGAACCGUCUCUUCGAUCUACACAAGUACGAGGACGCGGCCAAUUGCUAUACAAAGGCGAUUAUAAAGAAUCCAGAUCAAGCAUUAUACUUCACAAAUCGAGCACUGUGUCAUUUGAAAUUGAAACAAUGGGAAUCCGUGUGCAAGGAUUGCAGACGGGCUUUGGAUAUAGAUCCUUGUUUAAUGAAAGGUCACUUUUUCUUAGGACUCGCCCUACUGGAAUUGGAGCUCUUUGACGAAGCUGUAAAACAUUUGCAGAGAGCUGUAGACUUGGCAAAGGAGCAGAAGUUGAAUUAUGGUGACGACAUCACCAGUGUGCUACGACAGGCACGUAAACGUCGUUUUCAAGUGAGGGAGGAACAGAGGAUUGCUCAAGAUAUCGAACUGCAGACUUAUUUGAGCCAGCUGGUUGUAGAUGAUGCAAAGCAUAACUUAUCAGCUUUACAAGAACAGGAGACGACAAAGGAUUCCGAUACUGAUGCAAGUUCAACCGAAUUUGCUAGGAGAAAAGAGGAGAUCGAGGAGAAGAGAGAUACCUUCAUAUCGCGACUUAAUGAUCUCUUCGCUAAAGUCGACGAGAGGAGAAGGAAAAGAGAAGUGCCCGACUACUUGUGCGGUAAGAUCAGCUUUGAAAUCUUGCAAGAACCAGUGAUUACACCUAGUGGAAUCACAUACGAACGGAAAGACAUCGAGGAGCAUCUUCAACGGGUCGGUCAUUUUGAUCCAGUCACGCGUGUGCGUCUUACGCAAGAUCAAUUAAUCCCAAACUUGGCGAUGAAGGAAGUGGUCGAUACUUUCCUACAGGAAAACGAAUGGGCUUUGCAUUACUGAUGUCAAUACACAGUUUACUGCCAUAGAUUUAAAUUAAGGCUAUGGCGAUCUUUAGCUAUGGAAGGAAAAAAAUCGAUAUUUGAUGAAGAAAUUUAUAGAAAGGUAUCUAAAGGAAAAAAUCUCAAGAAAAUGUAAAGUAAUAGAGUAUAUAUCUUGUAAUGAAGAAAUGCUUUAUCUUGUUACUGUUAAAUAUUUUUCUGGAAUAUGCCAUAUGAGAAACAUGGAAGCUAUUAUUAUUGGACGUAAGUACGCUAGUAAAUAAAUAAUUAAAAUAAGGAUUACAUGUAAACUUAUGCAGGGGACAGUUCCAUAAGAGUAUAUGUAUAAUUAUAAUUAAUUACAUAUUGAUUUAUUUACUUUAUAAUCGGCAAUUUUCGUUCAUGAAAUUGAAAUUUUUGUAAUAAUUACUUUUGAUAAAAGCUUGAAACUAGAAUUUUAAAGUUCAAAGCUGAAAAACUUAAAUUUCUAACACAGUGGAAACAUAGGAUAAUAAGCAUUCAUAUAUAUUAUCUAAUUUUUGAUUCAUCUUACAUAACAAAUUAUUCAUUUUUUACUACUAAAAUUGUUUAUGUUUUUAUUGUAUUAUUGUUUGCUAAAAAAAUUGUUCUGAUUUCGAAUGUCAAGUAUCAAUAGUAAAGAGAUAUCUGAAUCCACUCAAGGUAUUUAUUUUAACAUUCAACUGACAACAAUAUAUUUAUAUAUGUAUAUAUAUAUAUGUACAGUUUUACGUAUACGCAAUAUUAUUGUAUAUAUGUAUCGUAAUCAUCGCAAUCGUAUGUAAUAAUAACAAUUAUUAUCGUCCGCCAUCGGUGUAUUAUUUUUGAAUUAUUGCGCAAGCUACAUCGACAAUAUAUAUGGUUAACAAAAGUUCGAUGAGAUAGAUUAUGAUCUCUGUAAUCCCAAUGAUAAUUGUUGCAGUCAUUUGAUAAUGAAUCACUGCAACGUCUUUCUUUUUAAUAUUUGUUCUUUUUUUAAUUUAUCUCCUUAAUGCAUGAAUUAAAUUUGGAAAAUUGUUAAUUAUGUUUUAAAACUUAAAAGAUAUUGACUAGAAGAUUAUCGAUUUUUAAUCGCAAAAACUUACAGGGAGAAGAGUAUUUAUCAAAAUAUACUCAAAGAAGGGUAAUUCCUAAUUAAGAUACAAAAUGCAUUUGUCUCCCAAAAGAUUCUUUCGCCAAUAGAGAUCGAGCGAGUAUAUGCGAGAUAAAAAACUAGUACAUACUUUGUAAGAAAUGAUAUGAUAUCAAGAUAUGGCUUGUCUUUCAUCAUUAAUUAACUAAUGACAAUUUCCGUCAUUAUUUAAUUGAUGACUCCUAUUGUUAUUUAAUUAAUUCGUCAUUUACUUAACGAUUGCUAAUGCAAUUAUUUUCUCUGCUUAGGCUUACUAAUAGAUAACUCGAGAAAACGAAAUUCUACUAUAUUUAUUGUCCGCAUUACAUUUGUACGUUUUAGGUGAAUAUCCCACAACCAAUUAAUCAUGAAUUUAUUAACUCUUUGCACUAAAAUAUCUAGUUUCAAUGUGGACUUAUAAAAUCUCAUUAAAUAUAUGUGCAUUCAGUAACAUCAUGAGAAACUAAUAUUUAUAUUACCAUACAUUGUUAUGGGAAAUUUAACUGUGAAAUUAUAAUAACAUUUUCUAUAUAAAUUAAUUUAAUGGUUCUUUUUCUUUUUUCUCUUCUUAUUAGUUCAACACGAAAAAUUAUUCAAAGUGCAAAGAGUUAAGAGCUUAAAAUAUCACUGGAAGGUAUCAGGCCAUUUGAGUAUUGUCGCAAAGGAGUGCGAACAGGAAGAUUCCAUGGAAUGUUCAAAGACACCUUUAACGUUCAAAUUCGACCUGGAUUCUGGCUUCUUUCAUUGAAAUAUAAUGGUUUACUUUAAUAUAUGUAUAUAUAUGUAUAUAUUAUCUAUUCUUUUUAUAAUAUACUCUAUGUCACAGAUCGAUUUUGAUGCAUAACAAAGAGAUUUAAAAUUAAAAUAAUAAUUGACCUACG